UUCAGUUGUAAUUAGAGAACCGUGCUGACCGGUCAUUUGAUAAUAUUAUCUCGAAAUUGUGUUUUUAAUUUUGCUGCUUUACGCAAUAAUUAAAUAUGGAACGCUACGACUGCUUUCAGCCAACGAUAGAGUAUGAUCCAAUGUGCGAUCAGGAUAACCCUCAAAAAAUAUCCUUUGAGGAUGUAUCAGCGGCUGCAUUCAGAAUUCAAAGUGGGAUCGUUAAGACGCCAUGCGUGAAAUCGCACAUGUCAAACAUAUAUGGUAUGGACAUAUUCCUCAAAAAUGACUUUCUGCAGUACACUGGGAGCUUUAAAGAACGCGGUGCUCGUAACGCGUUGCUCUUACUUCCGCCUGAAGCCAAAACUCGUGGUGUGAUUUCCGCUUCCCUUGGAAAUCACUCCCAAGGUUUAAGCUACCAUGCCAACCAGUUGAACAUACCCACCACCGUAGUUAUGCCGAACGUUGCUCCCAUUAUGAAGAUUGAGAACUGUCGGUCGUAUGGCGCGAAAGUAAUCGUACACGGCCAUGACAUGAAGGAAGCAAAAUACCACGCAAUGACGCUGGCAAAAGAGAAAGGUCUUACAUACAUUAAUGGAUAUGACCAUCCCCAUAUAAUGGCUGGACAGGGGACAGUGGGGUUAGAAAUACUUGGACAAGUCCCCGAUGUCGACGCCAUCUUGGUUCCCGUUGGGGGUGGAGGCUUACUGGCGGGAGUUGCUACUGCUGUCAAACAUCUUAGACCUCAUGUUCUUAUAUAUGGUGUGGAAACAGAAAAGUGCCCUAGUAUGGAGGAGGCGAUGCGACAUGAAUCCCCAAAAUGUGUAGAAAUCCGAUCAACACUGGCGGAUGGUCUUGCCGUACCAACCGUUGGGUUCAACGCCUUUUUUACUGUCAAAUCACUUAUCGAUAAGAUGAUUACCGUGAACGAAGACUGGCUAGCUAGAGCCAUACUGCGGCUAGUGGAACAAGAGAAGUAUGUUGUUGAAGGUGGUGGUGCAGUCGGAGUAGCAGCCAUCAUGGCUGGUCUUGUACCAGAACUUGCCGGCAAGAAGGUGGUCUGCAUACUAUCAGGUGGUAACAUCGAUACCACAAUAUUAGGUCGUUGUUUGGAACGAGGUUUGGCAGCAGAGCAGCGGUUGGUAAAAUUCAAAGUGACUGUCAGUGAUCGACCAGGUGGAAUCGCAGAGCUUUGCAAGCUUUUAGCUUCUUUGGGAGUGUCAAUAAAGGACAUCAUGCAGGAACGCGCUUGGGUGUAUGGGGAUAUAUUUAGUGUCAGGGUAAAAGUAGUAUGUGAAACUAGAGGACCAGAUCACAUGGCACAACUGCGAACUGUGAUAAUGAACACUUACAAAGAGUGGUAUUUUGCGCGGGAAUUUGAAGAUCGAGAUCGACGUCCAAGUACAGAUUCGCUAGAUGACGUAUCCCAUUAGAAACGACUCCUAGUACUGUAGUAGUACACGGUAUAUAAAAUAAAAAAAGUUAAUUAUUUUAUCGAAAAAAAGCACGCAAAUUCGACCAAUUAAUCAAAAUAAAAAAAAUAUCUUUGGCCUCUCAGUAAUCCAUUUAAUAUUUUUACUAUCUACUAGAAAACCAACGACCUGGGGUCUGGGCCUAUGAUUUGUAUUAGGACCUCUUUCGUUAUCAUUUGUUUUUUUUAAUAGGCCUGUUCUGUGCCUAACACACGCCGUUGACUUUUUGGGUCUUAGUUUUCCGUCACCGUACGAGCGAGUGUUAAAUUCGGGCAUACACGGUAAGUCUUAUUGUUAAUAAACAAAACGGUAUUUAUGAUUUCUCACCAGGCUAACAACAACGCAUUUUCAGCUCUAUUAUAAACUACUAAGGGUGACUAUAUUUAUAUUUCUUAAGUAUUGAUCUUAUAAAAAAUCAUUUAAAACUAAGCAAAUGAUCAGACGCGGGCGUCGAUCAAAAAGUACGUUUGGAAAUGUACGACCUAAUAAUGAAUUGUACCACAAAAUAUUAUUUAGUAAUGUAUGCAAAAAAAUCUGUGAUUUCAUAUAAAUUAAAUAAAUACAAAUGUUUGUCUUUUU